AUGGACCGACUUUUCUACUUCAAAGUCGAGGUUAUCAAAUACCAUCCAUUCUAUAGAAUCGGGAAAAUCUGCAUGGGAAAAAUGGCUGGCUACAAAGUGCUGAUUCGAGGCGGAAUGAAUUCCUACGAAGAAUUUUUUUCGGAGAAAUUGGACGUCUAUUGCAAUUUGACUCUCAAUGAGCCAUACCAGUUCGUCGGAACCCAAGGUUCCGCAUUUAUUCGCAACAAUUCCAUCUAUACAGCAAUGAUGACCAAUUGUGCCGAUUCGGGUCAAUUGCAGCAGACGAUCGCCGAGCAUGGCUUCCGAAACUAA